AAUUAUUUGAAAGCGUACUUACCAAAUGGUUAUUUGGCAGCCGGUGAACGCAUUUCGAUUUUCUAUUACGAACAAGAGCAUAGUUUCGAUCUCGACCUCUCCACGGAAGAAAAAUCUGAAAUGCUCCAAAUUAACGGGGAAUCGUGCGCGCAAAUUCUGCGGCUUUCUCCGAACUGUUCAUUUCACAUUAUCGAUCGUAAUUCGGACACCAGUGGUUCACUCUUGACACUUAAUGAUUUUGGUGGUGCCAGAAAAGUUAAAGAAGAUAUCCAGGAACUGUUGAUAAGACCUCUAAAGGAGUAA